AUGCGCCACUUGAGCAACUUUUUCGGACAAACUAAGCGUUUCCUUUCCUUAUCAAGUGUCGGCAUGUCGUCAAACAAGGUAUUGUCCAGCAAAACCAUCAACUCUAAUGUUGUUACUAUGCAAUAUGCUGUUCGUGGACCUAUUGUCAUCAGAGCAGUAGAGUUAGAAAAAGAAAUCGCAAAUGGAGCCAAAAAACCUUUCCCAAAUGUUAUUAAGGCUAACAUUGGCGAUGCACAUGCUAUGGGACAAACUCCUAUCACCUUCAUCCGUGAGGUUCUAGCUUGUGUUGCUAAUCCAUCUCUUCUUGAAAGUGGAUUGUAUGCUGUUGAUGUUAUUGAACAUGCUAAGACCAUCCUAUCAGGAUGUGGAGGAGGAAGCACUGGUGCUUACAGUCAAAGUACUGGUGUUGAUGUUAUCCGGAAGCAUGUUGCCGAAUACAUCUCAAGACGUGAUGGUGGAAUUCCCUCAGAUCCAGAAAAUGUUAUUCUGUCUGGAGGUGCUUCCGAAUCCAUUCGUAAUGUUCUCAAAAUGUUCAUCAAUCAUGACUCCUCUCGCCAAGUUGGAGUUAUGAUUCCAAUUCCACAGUAUCCUCUUUACUCUGCCACAAUUGCUGAAUUCGGAUUGGGACAGGUUGGAUACUACUUGGAUGAGCAGAAGGGCUGGUCCCUCGAUGAGGCUGAACUCGAGCGCUCUUUCACAGAGAGCUUGAAGAAAUACGAUACUAAAGUCAUUGUUAUCAUUAAUCCCGGAAACCCUACAGGACAGGUGUUGAGCCGUGAUAACAUUGAAAUGAUCAUUAGAUUUGCAAAGAAGCAUAAUCUCUUUGUUAUGGCUGAUGAAGUUUACCAAGAUAACGUUUAUGCCGAAGGCUCCAAGUUCCAUUCAUUCAAGAAGGUUGUUUGUGAGAUGGGCUCACCAUACAAUCAAGUUGAAUUAGCUUCCUUCCACUCUGUGUCCAAGGGAUACAUGGGAGAAUGUGGUCUUCGUGGUGGAUAUGUCGAGUUCAUGAACCUUGAUCCUGAAGUUUAUGUUCUUUUCAAAAAAAUGAUUUCUGCUAAGUUAUGUUCCACUGUUCUCGGACAAGCAGUUAUUGAUACAGUUGUAAACCCUCCAAAAGAAGGAGAUCCAUCAUACCCUAAAUGGCUUCAAGAGAAGAAUGCUGUUCUUGCUUCAUUGAAAGAAAGAGCUACACUCGUAGAGAAAGCUUAUGGCUCAAUCGAAGGCAUUAGUUGCAAUCCCGUCCAAGGAGCCAUGUAUGCCUUCCCUAACGUCCAUUUGCCACCAAAGGCUGUUGAAGCCGCAAGAAGCCUUGGCCAAGAACCAGACUUCUUCUAUGCUAUGGAGCUUUUGGAGUCUACCGGUAUUUGCAUUGUUCCAGGAAGCGGUUUCGGACAGAGAGAUGGAACAUACCAUUUCAGAACCACGAUUCUUCCACAACCUGCUCUAAUGAAGGAUAUGUUGGAGCGUUUCUCAGCUUUCCACACCAAAUUCAUGGAGCAAUACAAGUAA